CCGGAGCCGGAGACCGAGCCUGGAGGUGCCCGUGGAGGUGGAGGCGGUGUGUGUGUGGGGGGGGGGAGACGCCCGCCCGACCCCGCGAGCCCGAGCCGGGCUGGACGGAGCCGCGGCGGCCUCGGGAAGUGUGUGGAUUGUGAGCUAUUGCGGAAAUCCAUUUUCAGGACCCCACUGUUUUAACACUUGGGAGAGUCUCAUCCAUAAGAUGUGCCGUUGACUGAGGGCGGACAGGGAAUCUGAAGACUCCAGUGACAUCAGAGCUCCUUUUCAACAGCCUUCUCAGUUUGCUUUCUCAGAAAGCAGAGGCUCCAACCUUGGAGACUGAUGUUUAUCGUAAGACCAUACUCCAAAAAUGGCCUUUUCAGUGAGAGCUCAAAGAAGAUGGUGGGGUGAGGAGGAUGGAGAGAUAAUGUUAUAUUUGCAAUAGGAAAACAUAACAACCAUGAAGUGAUUAUAAAGCUUGAUUUCCCAUGCUUGUUGGCUCGACUUUUGCAAGAGAUGUGAUCACACUAUAUAAAAAUAGAGUACUGACAUGUACAUUUGAUGAACAACAAAAGAUGAAGCAAGAAAAGCAGUGUAUUCGCUAAGACAUAUCUUCUUGCCACCACAUACGUGCAUUAAGGAAGGAGUUCUGCUACUUACUGAGAAGGUGAUCAGCUCCGUGGUCUGCAUUGGUGUUUACCUGCCUUUUACCUUCCUCGUUGCCAGAAAACAUCCUGGUCAGAAUGUAACAGCGCAUCUCUUCCCAAUUGCUAUGGAAGGUGAUAAACCAGUAGUCACUUUUUAAAGUGGCCUGUCACCAACAAUAAAACACCAUUCUUCAAAGCGAAUACAAACCAAGCCCUUGUGAACACUUCUAUUGAACAUGACUCAUGGAGAAGAGCUUGGCUCUGAUGUGCAUCAGGAUUCUAUUGUUUUAACUUACCUAGAAGGAUUACUAAUGCAUCAGGCAGCAGGGGGAUCAGGUACUGCCGUCGACAAAACGUCUGCUGGCCACAAUGAAGAAGACCAGAACUUUACCGUUUCUGGCAGUGCAUUUCCCCCCUGUCAAAGUAAUGGUCCAGUUCUCAACACACGGUCGUAUCAAGGAUCUGGCGUGCUGCACCUCAAAAAGGCCAGACUUCUGCAGUCUUCCGACGACUGGAAUGCAGCAAAGCGGAAGAGGCUGUCGGAGUCCAUCGUGAACUUAAAUGUAAAGAAGGAAGCCUUGCUCGCUGGCGUGGUUGACACUGUGCCUAAAGGCAAACAGGAUAGCACAUUACUGGCCUCUCUGCUCCAGUCGUUCAGCUCCAGGCUGCAGACUGUGGCCCUGUCACAACAAAUUAGGCAGAGCCUCAAGGAGCAAGGCUAUGCCCUCGGUCAUGAUUCUUUAAAAGUGGAGAAGGACCUAAGGUGCUACGGUGUGGCCUCAAGUCACUUAAAAACUUUGUUGAAGAAAAGUAAAGCGAAAGAUCAGAAGCCUGAUCCCAGCCUUCCUGAUGCCACCAAAGACCUCAUCAGAGAUAGGUUUGUAGAGUCACCUCAUCAUGUGGGACAAAGCGGAGCAAAGGUCAUGAGCGAACCCCUGUCCUGCGCUGCGAGACUGCAGGCCGUGGCCAGCAUGGUGGAAAAGAGGGCUAGUCCCGCCCCCUCCCCCAAGCCCAGUGUUGCUUGCAGCCAGCUGGCCUUGCUGCUCUCCAGCGAAGCCCACCUCCAGCAGUAUUCUCGGGAACACGCUUUAAAAACACAGACUGCCAACCAAGCAGCAAGUGAAAGACUGGCCGCCAUGGCCCGGUUACAAGAAAAUGGGCAGAAGGAUGUUGGCAGUUUCCAGCUCUCCAAAGGCGUGUCGGGCCAUCUGAAUGGGCAGGUGAGGACAUCUUCAAGCAAACUGAUGGCUGGCAAAAGUAAUGCCGCAGCAUUCCAAAACCCAAUGGGUGUGGUUCCUUCUUCCCCCAAACAACCAGGCUACAAAAACUCCCUGGAAAGAAGCAGUAUCAAGCAGGCUGCUAAUAAUAGUUUGCUCUUACAUCUUCUAAAAAGCCAGAGCAUACCCAAGGCAGUGAAUGGGCACCAUAUAAACGAGAGGGGGAGUAGUAGUUUCGAGGACAGUAGCACACCCACCACGAUGGAUGAGUACUCGGAUAACAACCCCAGCUUUACAGACGACAGCAGUGGCGAUGAAAGCUCCUACUCCAACUGUGUUCCCAUCGAUUUGUCUUGCAAACAUCGGGUGGAAAAGCCGGAAGCUGACCAACCUGUUUCGCUUGACAACUUAACUCAGUCCUUGCUGAACACGUGGGAUCCAAAAGUCCCCGACGUGGAUCUCAAAGAAGACCAGGACACCUCCAAGGACUCCAAGCUGAAUUCACACCAGAAAGUUACUCUUCUUCAGCUGCUCCUUGGCCAUAAGAAUGAAGAAAAUGUAGAAAAGAGCACCAGCCCUCAGGAAGCACCCAGUGAUGUGAAGUUCAGUGCCCAGAAUUACACAAGGACUUCUGUAAUCGAAAGCCCGGGGGUUAACAGGACUACUCCAGUGAGCACGCCACCAUUGCAUACAUCCGCCAAGGCCGAGUCGCCAAUCAAUCUUUCUCAGCACUCUCUGGUCAUCAAGUGGAAUUCCCCCCCAUAUGCCUGCAGUUCCCAAUCUGCAAAGCUAGCCAGUGCUGCACCUAACCACUUGAUGGACCUCACGAAAAGCAAAGACCCACAGGCAGAGAAACAGACCCCCAGCGAAGGUGCCCAGAAUUCUGCGACUUUCAGUGCCAGCAAACUGUUACAGAAUUUGGCACAAUGCGGGAUGCCCUCCUCCUCGCCCGUGGACGAACAGAGACCCAGCAAACCGCUGCUGAGUGGCAGCGCAGACAAACCUCUUGGUAUGAUUGACAGAUUAAGUAGCCCGCUGCUCCCGAACAAGACGAACGCCGCCCUUGAAGAAAGUAAGGCAUUCUUAAGCCAGCCUGCAGGUCCUGACCUGGGACUUGCGGGUUCUGAAAUAGAGAAUCUGCUGGAAAGGCGCACUGUCCUCCAGUUGCUCCUGGGCAACCCCAACAAAGGCAAGAGCGAGAAGAGAGAGAAGCCGCCUCCGAGAGAGGAGGCUGCCCAGGAGCACGCAGAGCGAGCGCUCAGUGAGCAGAUACUGAUGGUGAAGAUCAAGUCCGAGCCCUGCGAUGAUGGGCACGGGCACGGCGCGAGCGGGCAUGCGAGCCACGACGCUAAGGGCGCCCCGUUCCUGGGUCUGGCUGCCGCGCUGCCCCGGAGCUCGGCCGCCCUGCCCGCCGCCUCCGAGGACCUGAAAUCCGAGCCCGCCUCCCCGCAGGACUUCUCUUUCUCCAGGAACGGCCUCUUGAGUCGGCUGCUGAGACAGAAUCAGGAGAGUUACCCAGCGGAUGACCCGGACAGGGGCCACAGGAACAGUGACCCGUGCGCCCUGGAAUCCAAGAACCUCUGCAUGGUCCCCAAGAAGAGGAAGCUGUACGCCGAGCCGCCCGAGAGCCCGUUCAAGAAGAUGAAAAGCGGCACCGUGGACGCCGCCAGCAGCCACGGGGGCCCCGAAGCGCUCUACGGGCCCCUGCUGAGUCAGGACGAGCUGAAGUUCGGCAGGAGUGACCUGGACUUCAAGUACCCUGCUGGCCACGGGUCCACGAGUGAGGGCGAGCAGAGGACCUGGGCCCGAGAGAGCAAAAGCUUCAAUGUCCUCAAGCAGCUGCUGCUCUCCGAAAACUGCAUGCGAGACUUGUCCCCGCACAGGAGUCACACCGUCGUGGACAGUAAGAAGAAAGGACCCAAGAAUCACGUGACCAACAGCAAGCCCGACCUGAGCAUUUCUUCUUUGAAUGAGCUGAUGUACAGUCCCGCCCAGCCCCGCAGCUGCGCGGACACUAGGACCUUUCCCUACCCGGGAGUCGUGAAGACCCCGGUGAGCUCCCCUUUCCCCGAGCACCUGGGCUGCGCGGGGUCCCGGCCAGAGCCUGGGCUUCUGAACGGCUGUGCCGUGGCCAGCGAGAAGGGGCCCAUUAAGUGGGUUAUCACAGACGUGGAUAAGAAUGAGUAUGAAAAAGACUCUCCAAGACUGACCAAAACUAACCCCAUACUCUAUUACAUGCUCCAGAAAGGAGGCCAUUCUGUCACCACUAGAGAAAGCCAAGACAGGGAAGUGUGGCGGGAGCCUGCCUCUGCUGAAAGCCUCUCCCAGGUCACCAUCAAAGAGGAGUUACUUCCUGCCGCAGAAACUAAAGCUUCUUUCUUUAAUUUAAGAAGCCCUUACAAUAGCCAUAUGGGGAAUAAUGCUUCUCGCCCACACAGUGCAAACGGAGAGGUUUAUGGACUUCUGGGAAGUGUGCUAACAAUAAAAAAAGAAACCGAAUAAAAUGUACCUGGCCAUGCCACUUUGGAUCUUUUUAAAGUUAAUUAGUAUGAACUUGAGAUCUGUAUAAAUAAGAGCAUGAUUUGAGAAAAAGCAUGGUAUAACUGAAAUUUCUUCAUUUUGAGAAGUAUUGGUUACUGGUGAUGUUUAAAUACGCAUACUAAUUUUUGCUUAACAUUAGAUGUCAUGAGGAAACUAUCGAAGUAGAAGUUGGUUAUUUAACACUUCCAUAUGCAUCAGGUAACAACUUGUGAGUAGCCUAUGAAUGAAAUCAUUUUAUAAUCAUAAAUUAGAGGCAUAAGUGAAAAUGUGAAACUCCAUCAAUAGUGGAUUGGUUCCUUUCGUUGCCUUUGUUAGGGUUCUUCGUUUUGCAUCUCAGAAGUCAGUCUCCAUAACACAUGUUUCUAAAAGUCCAAACUGUUGACUGUUUAAAGGAUAAAAUCAAAUUAAAAAAAAAAAAAACUA